UCAUUUAUUAAUUAAAAUAUUUAGUAUACCACCCAGUCCGCAGAGUCAGGGUGGUGUACAAAGCAAGAACAGUAUCCAAGAUUAAAAAAAAAAGAUUUUAAAGGGCAAAGGCCUGGCGGAAAAGAAAUGUCUUCAAUAAGGUCUUAAAGGCUGAAAGGGAGGAGGCAGACCAAAUCGGGGGAGGGGAGAUUUCCAAAGUGAAAGGACGACAACAGAGAAAGCCCUUCCAUGAGCCGUAGUACUGUGGACCUCUCUGAGACCAGGGGCCGAAAGAAGGGCAACUUGAGAAAAUUUCACGGGACUGGACUGGCUGGGAGAGGAGGUCAUGAAGGUAAACAGGCACUAAGUCCUGAAGGGUUUUAAAGAUAAGAACCACCACUUUGAAUUGGACCUGGAAGCAAAUAGGUAACCAGUGCAGCAACCAAAGAAGAGGUGCCACACUAUCAUAUAUUCUAGCAGCGCCCAUAAGCAGGCGGGCCACCACAUUCUGGACAAACUGAGGGUUCCAGGUCAUCUUCAAAGGCAACCCCAGGGAGAUUACAGUAUUACAUUACAGUAAUCCAAACGAGAGCAUGAGCAUGACGAGGGCAUGAGUUACCAAUGCCAGGGCCUACCAGUCGAGAUAGGGCCACAACUGGUGGACCAGCUGAAGCUAGGCAAAGGCACCUCUGGCCACAUCCUCCACCUGCUGCUCGAGCAGGAGCUGCGAGUCCAAGAGGACCCCCAAGUUGCGGACCACUCCUUCAGGGGCAGUGCAACCCUGUCCAGGGAGAGACUUACUUGGCAAUUGGCUAGAUCGAGAAGUAAGCAAAAGCAAAUCAGUCUUGGAGGGAUUAAGUCAGACCUUGUUUUGACCCAUCCAGAUCUUGACAGCCUCCAGACACAGGGCAAGCACAGAAACAGCAUCUCCAAAAUGGCCUGGGGUGGCAAUAUACAGCUGAGUAUCAUUGGCAUAUUUAUGGAAUCUCACCCCAAACUGACGGAUGACCUGCCCCAGCGAUUUCAUGUAGAUGUUAAAAAGAAUGGGUGUGAGAAUGGGAUGUGCAAACAGGUUUGAUGUCGAAUGUGUUCAAUGUCGAACCUGUUCAGUUCGACUGUUUGGGGUCAAACUGAACCACCCCCUGUUUGGUCUGACCCUGGACCACCUCCCCCCACCCCCAGCCAGUUCAGGGGGUUCACGAGCUUUUUUUUUUUUUUUAAAUUUCAAACUUACUUCCAGGGGAGUUGUCCAAGGUGGCAGGGAAGGGGCGGGUGGUCUGCAGAGGUCCCCCCACCCCCUGCUGGCCUCCCUUAGUAAAAAAAUUGACCUCCCUUAGUCAAAUAUUUUAGUUAAAAAACAACAACACAAUGCUCACGAACCCCCUGGACCGAACCAGUGGGGCAAUUUUGAGGGGGUGCUGCACCGAACUGGCCCAGUCCAGUUUGUGUCCAGUUUGGACUCAAACUGAACCAGACCAGCCUGUUCCAUGCACACUCCUACUCCUGAUGUGUUUGGGCCAAUUUGGAAUGACAGCUUGCCCAACUGGCCUGCCUCACAUGAUCAAGAUGUGAGCAUGCCGUAAGUCCACACAUCACACUAGAGGAUGUGCCUUUAUCACAUAAGGUGGGCUGGUCAGGCAAAUAAUUGUCCAAAAGAAUUACCCAUACUUUCCUUUUAUUUUUACCUGAAAGCAGCUAUGAAGGGGGUGUGUGUGUACAGACUUGAUCAGAACAGCAAUUUUGCACCUUUAGGCUUCAGUUGCAUUGCCUUAAUGGAGUUAUGUCCCACUGUUGUAUCAAACAAAAUUUUUGUUCAGACAUCUCACAUCUGUGAGCCUUGAGGUUUUUUUUAAAUUAAAGACUUGUUGUUAAAUCUAUAUUAAAUAGCUGAGAUUUAUGGCCUCCUUCUGAAAGUAACACCUGUUGUUUUUUUAAAAUAUUCAUUAGGCAGCAUUGUCCAAUGAAUGUUUGAUAACUCAGCCAUUUGAGUUAAUGCUGUUUCUUCACUUAGUAAAGGGAAAAUGUGGUACUCCUUUUGUCUUCUGGAUACCAGACAGAGGGACAAAGUAGACAUGAUGUAAAGCACAUCACAGUAUUCCUAUCUUUUAAAAAUACCAUCAUGAAUUGGGGUGGAUGACAUCAUCACAAGCUAUGCCAUUGAGGUGUCCCUACAACUGUAUCAAAUUGAGUUCAAAUCAGUUCCACUUGUGCUUCAAAUGGUCAUGCGUACUGCAUUCUCAGUGGAUCUGGACCACCUGCACCUGCUAAACACAAACUAAAAAGAUGGACAUACAGUGACAUAUAACAUUACAUCCAGUCUAACCUUGAAUAAAAUGUUCACUGCUGGCUGCUGGACUUUUGAAUCCCACAUGAGGGAAACGAUAAUGGGCUCGCAUUAAAAAAAGAGAACUAAGGAAAGUCUAUGGGACUUUCCCUGCAGCCAAUGGCCAUCAAGGCUUCCUUAGCUGAGGGGGGAAUCCCCAACAGUGUGUUUCCUGAGUUAUUUGUAAAAGGCUACAGGCGUCAUCUCUCUCACUUCUCUCAUUUUGUGUCUCCUGAAAAGAGCCAAUUUCACCCACUUCUACAGCACACUCAUGGCUUCAAUGUACUGUUAUCAACUUGUCCUUCUAAGUCAAAUCUGGCAUAUGAGUCAUGGAGUUGCUGAUGCUAUGCUAGAGGUUGUGGCAACGUGUAGUGAAGAUGUGUUGCUUCCUUGUAAAGCUCUUCAGGAUCCACAAAUCACACAUAGGAAUGUCUCUUGGUACAAAUGGAGUGGUAAAGAUAGUGAUGAAUGGCAGGAGUUGCAAUCUAACAAAGGACACAAUUAUUCAAGAGAACUUAAUGCAACUUCUUUAGAGAUCUCUAAUGGCACACAGUAUUCUCUGAAGAUCAGAAAUACUACAAGCUACAGCAGCGGGACAUAUAAAUGCAUCUUGAGGGCAUCAAUUAGAGAACACAACCGGAACAGCACAGUUAUAUUAAAAGUAAAAGACUGUCCAGAGGAAAAAAUUAUGAAAUAUAAAAUGGAGCUUGUGUUGUUGUGCUGUCUUGGGGUUUUCUAUUUGCUGCUCAUCCUCUUUACCUGUACGUGCUUAAAGGAGAAAAGCUUUCCAGAUAAUCAUAAAUCCACCAAGAAAUGCAUAGCCAACAGACCUUACCGUAUCAGUACCUAUUGAGAGAAAGAUUUCCAGUGACUAGGAUGGAACAGCAUAGUCAAAAACAAACUUAAUAAACGUUCUGUUCUGUCCCAGUUGAUUGUGUUGAGCCACUGGAGUCUCAUCAAUAGCCAUAACUUCAGGACUGAUGGAUAGUAUAGACAGUUAAUACACAGCCUCUUCAAAGUAACCUGAAAGAAAUAUAUCAGCUACUUGCUUCAGUUGGGAAAAUCUUCAGAGAACAGAGUUUUCUUCACUACAAUAUUAAUAUAUACUUACAAUAAAUUUUUUAAUACAAGUUUACUA